UGACUGCAGAUGUAAGAUAAGAUUUUGAAAGGGUUCUUGUGAUAAUAAUGCCUGCAAGUUGCAUUAUAUGUGAGGAGGUCUUCCUGCCCAACAUUGAAGUGUCGGCCACACCGUGUGGUCACAUCUUCCACACCACAUGUGUUGCUCAGUGGUUUGAAAGAUCCAAAAGUUGUCCGAAAUGUCGUUUCUCCGGCAAGAUGAAGCUCCUACGUCUCCAUUUUGAUGAAAGCAACAGUGAGGAUAAUCAAGAUGAUGCUGACACUCUGAAAUCUAAGCUGGAUAAUGCAGAGUUUCCAGUGAGCUUGAAGGAGAAGGAAUUGGAGAAAUUAAAAGAAGACGUUACAAAACAGAAAGAAAUAAGUGAUAAACUGAGGACGGAGGUGAUUAAGCUGGAGAGGCAGCUGAGCUCCAUGAAGGCGGAGCUGCAGGUGCUCAGAGACGCCCAGCAGCGCAGCGAGGACCUCAGGCUGGAGCGAGACACCGCCAGGGCCAAGCUCAGCAGCCUGCAGGAUUUCUGCAUUAGUGGCGCAUCAAAGUCAUCGCGCGCUCGCCUCGAGUCCAGUGACAGUAGCACAGACUCGCUGGAUCGUCUGCCCAGCCCAGACCCACCCAUCCAGCCCCCUGCUGGCCUGUCUACCAACCAGCACGCAAGUGGACUGUCCAGUACAGACCAGAACCUAGGGUCUGCGAGCAGGCUGUCCAGCACCGACUUGCACCUCCAGCACUACGCCAUGAAUGCGACGGUGGAGGGCGCUGGGUGCUCGCAGGUGAAGCCCGGCCCCCUGCAGCUGUCCCCCCGUCGGGCCGCUGGGUGCUCGCAGGUGAAGCCCGGCCCCCUGCAGCUGUCCCCCCGUCGGGCCGCUGGGUGCUCGCAGGUGAAGCCCGGCCCCUUGCAGCUGUCCCCCCGUCGGGUCGCUGGGUGCUCGAAGAAAGAACACACAGAUUACCUAAAUCUGAAGGUUGAGAAUCUAAAUGGUCAAGUCGCGCACUUCAAGAUCAAGCAGCACACCUCCCUCGAGAAGCUCAUGAGUGCUUACUGUGCCAGGAUAUGGCUUCCUCAAUCUACAAUGCGAUUCAUAUUUAAUGGGAAACGUUUGUCAGAUAAUGACACACCAAACGGAUUGAACAUGGAAGAUGGUGACACCAUUUAUGUGUAUCAGUACAUGAAGGGAGGGGGCAUGGAGGCAACUGGAGGGCAUGCUUGCGUCAGACCACAAAAUGAGAAUCUGUAUGCCUCUGAUAUUUCCAUCAUAAAUUCUAUUUUGAACUCAGCAAAAUCUUUGGAUGAAAUGAAGCUAAAUUUUAACCCUGGUUUUGACCCUUAACCCUCCAGCACUCCUCACUCCCUGGGUCAAGUUGACAGCUUGAUGACUGCUACUGACAGUUUGUCUUUGUUGUGGCAGACUCUUAGUUUAGAAUCAUAUCCUGCCAUAUAACCUUGACACUCAGUGUUGGAGAUAAUGAAGUACUUUAUCAUUCCUCCAAUACUGUUAUUGCGUUCUUAAACAUAAGGUGUUAUGAUUGACAAAUAGUUUUUAUUUUAUAUGCAAAGGAUUUUGUUGUUCAAGCGACUAAGGUGAUUUCAGGGCUGAAUGAACAGCCUAAUAUGAAUAUAUAUAUGAAACUUCUUUAUUUUACGAGGUUUCAGAGCUUUCACACUGGUGAAUUAUUGGUAUAAAAGUAAAGAGCAAUUGCAGGUUAACGAAUGUUAACCUGCAAUCGCGAUCGAUGGUUCCUAUACAAGGAAUUGAUGAAUAACCCCGCGGUAGUCAGGAUGAAGUAGUUCUUUAUAUUGCUACGAACAAAUGAAGCGAAGCGCUGCGUUUUUUGUUAUGGAAGUUCGAUACUUUUACUUGGAUAGAGUUCAUUUACGUCAACUCUAAGCUAGGCUUCUUGCUUACUGAUGAACCAUAGUCUGCAUCAGUGAUAUCAAUUCAAAAUGAGUAAUAUCCUCACCAUUUGAAAAAAAGGACGCGACUAAAUCUAAAUUUAGUCGGCAUGCUUGUCUCAUGUUUUGUUCAUCUCCCUUCAUGGCUCAUGUUCCUCCCAGGGGGAAGGCCUUCAUGGCUCAUGUUCCUCCCAGGGGGGAGGGGAGUGGGCAUUUUUAACGCACUUUUCAGCUUCGGCCGUAUCUGAACUAACAUCACUAUAUGCAAAGGAUUUUGAUGUUCGCAACUAUUCAUGGGCAACUUUUGAUGUUCUUUUUUUGAUGUUCGCAACUAUGUUUGAAUCAUGAUUAUUAAAUGUUCUAAU